GAGACAAAAUCUUUCUAUGAUGCCCAGUAUGGUCUUGAACUCCUAGGCUCAAGCAAUCCUCCCACCUUGGCUUCCCAAAGCGCUGGGAUUAAAGGCAUGAGCCUCCGCACCCGGCCUAUUUUCGUUAUGAAUUACCCAGUCUGAGGUAUUCAGUGACAGCAACAGAAAAUGGACUAAGGCAUAGACACAGAGGAAAGAGCCACGUGAGGACAGAGGCAGAGGCUGGAGAGAUGCACGUGCAAGCCAAGGAACACCCAGGAUGGCCAGUGACACCCAGCAGCUGGCAGAGGCAAAGAAAGAGUCUGCCCACAGCCCCCAGAGGGAGUGUGGCCCUGCGCACACCUUCAUUUCCAACUUCUGGCCUCCAGAGCUGUGAGAGAAUACAUUUCUGUUGUUUGAAGCCAUCCAGUUUGUGGAACUUUGUUACAGCAGCCCUGGGGAAUGCAUACAUGGUCUUAGAGGGGAGACUUUUGGUAUGCAGAAAAAGGCCUUGUCCUGUGUGAAUUUCCUGUCUCUUUAUGGCUGCCUGAAAUGCCCCCCCACCACCCGCCUUAACAUGCUUCUUUCCUUUAGAAGAAGGGGCAGAUCCAGGCUUCUAUUCAGGUGUCCCUGGAAAGUCACAUUCGUCGAUUGCCUCUAUCAUGUCAUCAGUGCAAAUCCUUCUAUAGACCAUGUGGCAGUUCUCAGCGUUGGAAAUGUCUCCUUCCUUCCCCCAGGGUGGGCUCCCUUCUCGGGUCUCCAGCCUCCAUGCAGGACCUGGGGAAGGUGGACUGAGUGGGUGAGAUCCCUCCCAGGGCAGCAUUUGGCAGACCGCAAGUCAAGGUUGCAGAGUGUAUGCAGCCAGGGGUAGCAGCCACUUCAGGAUCUGGGUCUGGAUUUGUGCUGAGAACCACUAUGACCUUUUAAAGCCAGUGAGGAGGUUUUCUGGGGGCCCAGAAGCCCUGAGCCCAUUGGCCAGACCUCCUGGGAGAAGCGGAGCGGAUUUGCAUCAAAAAGAACACUGGCUUCAUUGAAAUUCUCCUCAUCUUGAGUGAAACAAAACCACAAAGAAAAGGAAAGUUUUAAUUCUGAGAAACUUCACUGAGGAGCAAUUUUUUUUUUGAGCUUCUAAAAAUAGAGAGGAAAUGAGCCUCUUUGGGUCACUCUAGUUGCCGCCUCCCCUGCCCCAUGCCCGCCCCCACUGCCCACUCAAGGCCAGCCUCUCACAGUGGGUGACUGAGCUGUCUUCAGUGGAAGUCUGAGGCAGAUGCCACGCAAUUCUGGAGCUGGAUACGGCUGCCCACACGGGGACCCCAGCAUGCUGGACAGCAGAGAGACCCCACAGGAGAGCCGGCAGGACAGGAUUGUGGGGACCACCCAAGAAAAAUUGAAAACCAGCUCACUGACUGACAGGCAGCCACUCUCCAAAGAGUCCCUGAACCAUGCUCUCGAGCUCUCAGUGCCAGAGAAGGUGAAUAAUGCCCAGUGGGAUGCUCCAGAGGAGGCGCUGUGGACGACUCGGGCCGAUGGGCGGGUGCGCCUGCGCAUAGACCCCAGCUGCCCACAGCUUCCCUACACUGUGCAUCGGAUGUUCUACGAGGCCCUGGACAAGUACGGGGACCUCAGCGCUUUGGGCUUCAAGCGCCAGGACAAGUGGGAGCACAUCUCCUACUCCCAAUACUACCUGCUCGCCCGCAGAGCCGCCAAGGGCUUCCUGAAGCUCGGCCUGAAGCAGGCCCACAGUGUGGCCAUCCUCGGCUUCAACUCCCCAGAGUGGUUCUUCUCAGCAGUGGGCACAGUAUUUGCAGGUGGCAUCGUCACCGGCAUCUACACCACCAGCUCCCCUGAGGCCUGCCAAUACAUCGCUUAUGACUGCUGCGCCAAUGUCAUCGUGGUCGACACGCAGAAGCAGCUGGAAAAGAUCCUGAAGAUCUGGAAACAGUUGCCACAUCUAAAGGCAGUCGUGAUAUAUAAAGAACCUCCUCCAAACAAGAUGGCCAAUGUGUACACGAUGGAGGAAUUCAUGGAGCUGGGGAAUGAAGUGCCUGAGGAAGCCCUGGACGCCAUCAUUGACACCCAGCAGCCCAACCAGUGCUGUGUGCUAGUCUACACUUCUGGCACCACUGGGAACCCCAAGGGGGUGAUGCUGAGUCAAGACAAUAUCACGUGGACGGCACGGUACGGCAGCCAGGCCGGUGACAUCCGGCCGGCAGAAGUCCAGCAGGAGGUGGUAGUCAGCUACCUGCCCCUCAGCCACAUUGCCGCCCAGAUCUACGACCUGUGGACAGGCAUCCAGUGGGGGGCCCAGGUCUGCUUUGCCGAACCCGACGCCCUGAAGGGGAGCCUGGUGAACACGCUGCGGGAGGUGGAGCCCACAUCACACAUGGGGGUGCCCCGGGUGUGGGAGAAGAUCAUGGAGCGCAUCCAGGAGGUGGCGGCUCAGUCUGGCUUCAUCCGGCGCAAGAUGCUGCUGUGGGCCAUGUCGGUGACCUUGGAGCAGAACCUCACCUGCCCUGGCAGCGACCUGAAGCCCUUCACAACCAGACUGGCAGAUUACCUGGUGCUAGCCAAGGUCCGCCAGGCACUGGGAUUUGCCAAGUGUCAGAAGAACUUCUAUGGAGCGGCCCCCAUGACGGCAGAGACACAGCGCUUCUUCCUGGGCCUCAACAUCCGCUUGUAUGCGGGCUACGGCCUCAGUGAGACCUCAGGCCCCCACUUCAUGUCCAGCCCCUACAACUACCGGCUGUACAGCUCAGGCAAGGUGGUGCCCGGUUGUCGGGUGAAGCUGGUGAACCAGGACGCAGAGGGCAUUGGCGAGAUCUGCCUAUGGGGCCGCACCAUCUUCAUGGGCUACCUGAACAUGGAGGACAAGACGUAUGAGGCCAUCGACGAGGAAGGCUGGCUGCACACAGGCGAUGCUGGCCGCCUGGAUGCCGAUGGCUUCCUCUACAUCACUGGGCGCCUCAAAGAAUUAAUCAUCACAGCUGGUGGGGAGAAUGUGCCCCCUGUGCCCAUCGAGGAGGCCGUGAAGAUGGAGCUGCCCAUCAUCAGCAAUGCCAUGCUCAUUGGGGACCAGAGGAAGUUCCUGUCCAUGCUGCUCACCUUGAAGUGCACUCUGGACCCAGACACCUCUGACCCGACUGAUAAUCUGACUGAACAAGCUGUGGAGUUCUGCCAGAGGGUGGGCAGCAGAGCCACCACAGUGUCCGAGAUUGUAGGGAAGAAGGAUGAGGCCGUGUACCAGGCCAUCGAAGAGGGGGUCCGGAGGGUCAACACGAACGCAGCGGCCCGGCCCUACCACAUCCAGAAGUGGGCCAUUCUCGAGAGAGACUUCUCCAUUUCGGGUGGCGAGUUGGGUCCCACGAUGAAACUGAAACGGCUCACAGUUUUGGAGAAGUACAAAGAUAUCAUUGACUCCUUUUACCAACAGCAAAAAAUGUAAUCAGGGCCUAUGCCUGCAGUUUCUACAGAAUAGAGGGCAGGCGUUCCGAGCCUCUUCCUGAGCCCCAGGUCUCUUCAGUCUGGGCACAGGCAUUUGUGGCAAGUCUGUUAGAUCUCCAGGUCAGGGCACAGCACUGGCUCUACAUUUACCAGGUCUUACACCAACAAUAGCUGACAAUUCCGAGAAGCUUCACGUGUGGGUAGUUUUAAUUCAGUUUAAGUAUUGCUUUAUGUUCAGGUGACAAAUGAGAUCAGCUCUCCUUCCAGAACGAAAGGGCUGAUAAUUUUUGGCCUUAGUUCCAGGUAGAUUAAAAAGCUGCUAGCUCACAUACAGGACAGCCAGCAGCAGGCUGUGGAGGGGGUAGGAGAGAGAUGGCUGAUACUGCUCAUGUGUGCUGCAGGAAAAGCAAUCCGUUACAACUCACCUAGCGACCUGACUUACUCUGGAAUCUUGGUGGACAUCGCCGACCCUAUUAUUCCAUUACCAGGCACUCCUGCACCACACACAUGCCAACUGACUUGAUGCUUAAUAAAACUGCUGCUGCCUGUUUGAUUCUAUUCAAUGUAUAAUUUGAAUAUUAAACCUUUUAACAGAACUGUCAA